AUGAGUGACACCAUAUCUUCUAACUCAUUACUACACUAUGACUACUCAGACGAAUUUUUGAGUGGUUACGACUCCGACUCCAGUAUGGCGUCUACAAACUCUACUCCCAACAAGCAAGGUGCAACUGGCGCUCGGCACCGCACUCGCGACAACAUGGACGCUGCCCUGCAGGCGGACCUUCGCACUCGAACGCUCCGUGAUGUGUCAGUUGAAGACUUCGUGAAGCAUGUGUAUGGUUUCACGGAAAAAGACAUAGAGUAUAUCACAUCAAAGGCGUGGACGCUAGAUUAUCAAGGCUUGGCCGAAUACAACUUGGUGCUCAGCAAAGGCUUGCCGGAGACUGCCCUGUAUUCGCCGUUCAAGAAUAUCAUGGACGGGUUAUUCCAGAAAUUCCGCGAUGACGGAUAUGCCCUCGAUAUCAAUCUUGCUUCUCUAGGCAGCGAGCAAUUGAAGAGCACGGGCACACCUCAAAAACCUGAUGGGCUUUUCAUGUUUAAGUCACACAAAGACUCUGACAAGGUGUCUUGGUCGCUCUCCAAGGCCUUUCUUGAAUUUCAAAUUCGCCCCAGCGAACAAAGGCUUCGGAAGGAAGCGCGCGGGGUACGUCGCCCCAUCGACACAAUUCGCGAAGGAACAACGCCUGCGGCUGCUAAUGUGGGCGUCAUAGCCUCCACGCCAGACUUGGCACCCUCUCCGCCACUCAAGGCGCCGUCUGGUUACAAGCGUCGGAGCACUGACGUUCUCGGCACUGAAGAACAAGGUCCUUCGAAGCGACCCAAGCAAAUGACUCGGAAAGAGACACAGGGCGCUGGGUAUGCCCUCGAGAUGAUGGCAGCCGCGUGUAGGCGUUGGGCUACCGGCUUCGUGAUCAAGGAUAAAACCGUAUGGGUGCACUACUACGACCGCAUAGGCGCCAUCUUCACUGAGGAGUUCGAUUUCUCUAAAGACCCACAAAAGCUGGCGAUGGUGGCUUUGGCCCUUGCCAAGUGCGACGUCGUUCAGGCCGGAUUCGAACCCCUCAUCUCCCCUAGCCCCGACUCCCCACUUUCCGCUCCUCUCGUUUCGCUGGACGGCGUGUUCCUUCAUUUGCCUGUGCGCGAUGAUGACGCAGGCGCUACGUAUGUGAAGGGCUUCGAGAACGAUCUGUACUCUCACUUCGAAAUCUCCGGUAAUCCAUUAUACAUAUACCAAGGUCUUAACGGCCGAGGCUCACUAGUCCUUCCCGGCCGUCCCAUUGAAGCAGUGAAGGGAAGUGCCCCCCAGCCAGAGCAGGUCGCGGCCGACACACCAGGCACCAACAACAGCACGAAGGAUUCUGGCGACAUGGAAAUCGUACACGGAACCACGACAUCUGGGGAAUCCGUUCCUCAAGUCCCUAUGGUAGUCAAGCUUAGCUGGCCCUUGUCUACGCGACCGAGUCUCGAAGCAGAAUUGAUUCAGGAGCUCCGCGAUAAGAUUGGGCGCAUGAGACCUCACCUUCCCAAGGUCCACUUUGCGAUGGUGCUCAAGGGGACAUCUAUACAGCUUCCGGGGGACCUGUUCCGCUCCAUGACCACGGCGCACAAUUUCGAGCAGCGUUAUUUCACGCUUAUGAUUGUUGAACAGUACAAGCAUCUAUGGGAGGUCCCAACAUGCGAUGAUUUCCUCGAUGUGUACCUUGACAUUGUCGAGUGUCAUCACGCUGCGCUGAAAACCGGGAAUAUCCUUCAUCGUGACAUCAGUGAACAGAACUUGCUAUGGCGACAAACGUCUCGCUGCGUCGGCAUCCUAAACGACUGGGAUCUAUCAUCUGUCGCUGCCCAGCUGGGAGCUCACGCAAAGCACCGCACGGGGACUGGUCCAUUCAUGGCACUUGAUCUCCUGAAAGACGCUGACCCCCCCUCUCACCUCUAUCGGCACGACCUCGAAUCUCUAUUCUACGUCUUUGUUUGGGCGGCGACGAACUACACCCUCGACAAGGAUGCACCAUUUGUCAGAAAGCCAAAUCCAGCCAUAUUGACAUGGGCUGGUACGUAUGCCGACGCCUAUGAAGCGAAAAAAAGUUUUCUUGGCGACUCGGAGCCGGUUUUCGAAGGAAUACAACCUGCAUUCGAGCCGCUGCGGGGGUGUCUGGACGCCCUUUGGGAACUAUUCCACGAGGGCUUCGACAACUCGGUCAAGCGUAAGAAGCAGCUUCAGAAGGCCAACGCCGCUUCUACUGGACAAAGGAAUCGGAAACGCCGGAAUGUAGAUCUGAUCUUGGGGGGUAACGAUGAAGAGUUGCCUCUGAUUGAGCCAAGUGCUCAUUCGCGACGCCCCGUUGGAGUUGAUCCUCCCUCCAUCAACGAGGUUGACAUCGAUUUCGAAACUAUGGGAGGGUGUUUGACGUUCGAAAAGUUCCUAGCUGCAUUGGGAGAGGAACCUCGACAGUAUACUGAUUUAUGA